AUGAGACUCUUCCUUUCUGCCUUGUCUUUCUUGUUCCCUGUGGCUCUGCCUGGCCUUUCAGCUUUGGGCUGGUUCUCUCCUUCUCCUUGGCAUGCCCUGGUCUUGGGACAGUCCCUCAAGGGUAUCCAGCUGGGGGGCUUGAUUGCUGCACUGAAGGUUGUUGAUAAUGGACAGAACAUGGAUAUUCUGUAUUCCUCCCUUUGCAUUCUAGAGCUCAAGGCGGCCUGUUUCCACAAGGCAGAACUUGUAGUGACACUUGAGGCCAGCUUGAUAAUGCAAAUCAUAUGUGGUGUCGGUGUAGACACCCUCCAGCUCACAGAGUGCAGAAAUUUACCAGCCAAUUGGGUAUAA